UUUAUUGAUUCGGAUAUACUAAUUCGUUCGGAAAACUAGUAAAUUACAGGUUUACACUCAAGAUGUCUGACAGUGAGAGUGACCAUGAUGAAGAAGUUGGUCCCAGCCAUCACCACAAAUCCCCCAAUAAUGACUAUAGAAAGAGCAAUAACAGAUUAGUGGAUAGUGAUGAAGAAGAAAAAGUAGUCGAGGAUGAAGAUGAAGAUGAGUACGAUUCUGAGGAGGAAGAGGAGAUGGAAGAUAAACCCAAGAAGAAAAGGAGGCGCGGGACUGUUUCUGAUUUUAUUUUGGAAGAAGCUGACGUUGAUGACGACGAAGAUGAGGAUGACAUCGGGGAUGGCGAAUCAGAUUUUGAGGAGUACAAAAAUGAUUUGGCCAUGGCAGCCCAAGAGGAAGGACCCAGUGCUAGAGAUAUUGAGGGAGAGAGAAGGAUGAAUUGGAGAAAUGCUGACGAGAAAAAUUUGGAAGACUAUUUUAAGAAGAAGUACUCUAGCUCGACUGCCUUGGAUAAGGCAGUUGACGGAGAUCCAAUGAUCGAAGAAAUCACCCAAACUGCACUGCUGCCAACUAUUAAAGAUGCAAAUCUGUGGCUAGUGAAAUGUCGACAGGGGGAAGAAAAAUCGACCGUACUGCUGCUGAUGAGGAAGCUAAUCACGUACCAACACACAGACGAUCCUAUGCAUGUGCACUCCGUCAUAGCAAAGGAGGGCUUAAAGGGUUUCAUAUACAUCGAGUCCAUCAAACAGUCUCAUGUUAAGAAACUUAUUGAGGGGGUGGGCACCCUGCAGAUAGGAAAAUAUCAGCAGACAAUGGUGAAACGAGAGGAAAUGCCGUCCGUACUGCGUGUAACCAAAGAAACGAAUAACCUAAAAUCGAAGCAGUGGGUCCGACUGAAGAAGGGAGUAUUCAAGGAUGAUCUGGCCAUGGUUGACUACGUAGAUCCGUCUCAAAAUAUGGUCUUCCUGAAACUCAUACCCAGAAUCGACUACAGCAGGAAUAGGGGUGUGAUGAAAAGUACACAGAAUGGAACUGCCGAGAAGAGGAAAAUUUAUCGAAGGCCGCCACAAAAACCAUUCGAUCCUGAAGCUAUUAGAGCUAUUGGAGGUGAAGUAGCAAAUGAUGGAGACUUCAUGAUAUUUGAAGGUAACAGAUACAACAAAGGAUUCCUGUACAAAAAUUUCAACAUCAACGCUAUUAUAAUAGAUGGAGUGACGCCAACGUUGAGUGAACUGGAGAAAUUUGAUCACCAGCCUGAAGCUGUGGAAGUGAAAUCGCUGACCGAGGCGCAGACGUUCGUCAAGGAUGACGUGGUGGAGGUCGUGGAGGGAGCCAUGACGGCCAUGCAGGGCAAGGUCAUCAAGAUCGACGGCAAGAGGGUCACCAUACAACCGAGCCACGUAGAGUUCAAGGCGCCACUGACGUUUGAGUCCUGUGAGCUGAGGAAAUACUUCAAAGUUGGAGAUCACGUGAAAGUGAUGAGGGGGAGUUACGAGGGAGAGACAGGGAUGGUGGUGAGGGUGGAGGAGAAUCUGGUCAUACUGCUGUCUGAUACUACCAUGUCCGAGUUAAAAGUGCUGCCAAAGGAUCUGCAGCUUUGCACAGAAGUAGCUUCAGGUGUUGAUUCGAAAGGCAAGUUCUCCUUCGACGACCUAGUUGAGAUUGACCCUCAGACUGUUGGAGUCAUUGUGAGGAUUGAAAAGGAUUUCUUUAAAGUUUUGGACAUGUAUGGCAAGGAACGACAGCUCAGCUCGACAGCCCUGACCAAAAAGAAGGACAACAAAUUCGUGACUGCCCUGGACUCGGAGGACAAGCACAUACGGGUCAAAGACAUCGUCAAGGUCAUCGAUGGACCCCAUUCGGGUAGGCAAGGAGAGAUAAGACACUUGUUCAGGAGUUUCGCAUUCAUCUACUCACGCAAGCACAUCGAGACCAGCGGCAUAUUCGUUUGUAAGACUCGGAACCUCGUUGUUGCCGAUGGUUCGAAGACGAGUUCGGCUGGCCCAAUAAACGGAGGUAUGGGUGGAAUGUUUGUCCCUAUGUCGCCACGCCUGUCAAGUCCCGCCCAUCCAGGCGGUGGCAGUGGUGGGAGAGGUGGUAGAGGUCGCGGGGGUCACAACAUGAUUGAGAAGAAGAACAAGUCCCUGAUUGGUCGCUCCGUAAGAAUCAUACUGGGUCCUUAUAAAAGCUAUGUCGGAAUUGUCAAGGAUACCACUGAGUCGACUGCUCGCGUUGAACUGCACACCAACUGCAAGAUAAUCAGCGUGGAUAUCAGUCGCCUGAAAGUUAUGGAAGAUGGUGCCCUGGGGUCAUUCAGCAGUUACGACAAGACACCGAUGACUAGUCAGACCCCCAUGCACUCAGGAUCUCGCACGCCCAUGUAUGGAUCUCAGACACCGAUGAUGGAUGGCAGUAGGACGCCCCACUAUGGAGGCAGUACCCCCCACUACGAGUCGGGGUCGUACACACCCGGAAGAUCCAGUGCGUGGGAUCCUGGCAAUCCUAAUACCCCUUCGAGGCCAAACGACUUCGACGACAUGAGCUAUCUAGACGAGUCGGGCCUGCCAGGUCCCUACACCCCACAACCUGGAGGGACUUCAUUUUCUCCUUACCCAGGCCAGCCGACUCCCUCACCACUGGACAACAACUCACUUCAGAGUCCUGGACAGUACGAUCUAGGCUCCAUGUACCAGGGCACUCCCUCACCUAUGACGUCGUUCAGCCCUAUGACGCCAGGGGCUCCUUUCACCCCCUCAACUCCGGGACUUGAUGGCGCCGCGGGUUCUGAUUGGGUGUCUCUGGAUCUUUUUGUCAAGAUCAAGGAGAGUCAUGACGAUAAAGAUGUCAUCGGAAAAGUUGGGAUCGUCAAGAGCAUCAAUGGUGACAUGUGUGCGCUGUUGAUCACAGAGAAAGAGAAAACGGCCACAGAGAAAGAGAAAAUGGCCACAGAGAAAGAGAAAAUGGCCACAGAGAAAGAGGAAAUGGCCACAGAGAAAGAGGAAAUGGCCACAGAGAAAGAGGAAAUGGCCACAGAGAAAGAGAAAAUGGCCAACGUGAAUGUGGACGACCUGGAACCUGAGCCACCGGGAAAAUCAGAUAGGGUCAAGGUCAUCAGAGGGGAUGUGAAUAAAGACCUGACAGGAACACUACUCAGCAUCGACCAGAACGACGGGAUCGUAAAACUGGACGUUGGGAAGAUGGCCAUGGUCCAGUUGUCCUGUCUUUGUAAAUCAUCAUGAUGAUGAUGAUGGUGGUGGUCAAGAUGAUGAUAAUGAUAAUAAUAACGAUGAUGAUGAUGAGGUUUUGAACGAAAAUGAUAAUUACUGGUCGAUAAUGACAUACGAAUGUCUGAUUAAUUGAUUGAUUGAUUGAUUGAUUGGAUAGACUAUUUGAUUGGUCGAAUGAUUGAAAUCGUUCUUACCAUCACUUGUUUAAUGAAGAACUUCAAUCAUCAUUCUAGAAACUGAGAAAAGAUUUCGAUUGAACGUUAUUGAUGAUAAUUUACAAUAUUAUUCGUAUUAUUGUUAAUAUAUUUUUAUUAUUUUAUUAUUAUUAUUAUGUUACGAGUGCUUUUAAUUUAGUAACUGGACUUAAUUUAUGUUUUGUUUCUUUUUAAAAUAAUGAUAGAAAUAUAGAAAUUCUUUAUUUUCAUUUAUUUAUUAAAAUAUGAAAAAUGAUAUCGCUAUAUAUAAACUUGUGUUUCCCUAUGUACCUAUUUUGUCUCUGUCUGUCUGACUCUUUGUUUGUCUGUCUUUUUGUCAGUCUGUCUCUGUCAGUCUUUCUCUGUUUGUCUGCCUGUCUCUAUAUAUCUAUCCAUUUAUUAUUUAUCAUCAUUAACAACAGAUUAAUCUAUCCAUUUAUAUUUUCCAUAAUUUGUAUCAUUUAUAAAGGAAAAAAACCACAUAAAUGAUAAUACAAAGUAAUAAUAAUAAAAUAAUAAUAAUAACUAAUAAUUAUAAUAAUAACUAAUAAUCAUGAUCCCUAGUUAGAAAUUUACACGAAAUUAAGAGGUGGUAAAGUGAUAAUAAUCAUAAUAAUAACGAUAAUAAUUAAAGAAAUAGAUACAAAAGAGGAAUUGAAGUCUAAAAAGUUACAUUUACCUCUCUCUCUCACUCUCUCUCUCGCUAUAUAUAUAUAUAUAUAUAUAUAUAUAUAUAUAUAUAUAAAUGAACGAAAGAACGAACGAAUGAGUGAUCGAACGAGGGAAAACUGAUUAAUAUAAAGGCACUUGGGUUUCUAUACAAUAAUUAAUAAUAAUAACAUAAAAAUAAUAAUAAAACUACAUGAUUAAUUCAAAUUCUCUAAACAUGAACACGUAAAAUGCAGAAAAUUAUUUAAAUAAAUAACUGGACAAAUAUAUUUCUCAGCU